AUGGCCAACCCCCACGCUCUUCAAUACCGCAACACAGUCAUACUCGAACCUUUCCCAGGACGAAUACCGAAACUCAUCUGCAUUCUAAUCCGAUGGAUGACUUCUCUCAUCAGAAUAGGUAGCUUGACAUUCGCGAAGCAUCGUGAGUUAAAACCCAAGAACGCUUUCAAGGGCUCGCCAGAUCUUCCCUCCGGCCGCGGAACCAUCAGGUCGUCAUCGGGCAGCAACACCACCCUCAUGGCGAGCAACUGGAACGUCAAAGGACAACGCAUCAAGUACAGCUCAACCUGCAGUUCUCACGCAUCUGUCGGCCGGUCCAAUAUGCAAGAGUGGGCUUCUGCAUGA